CUGCGUCGAGCCGGAGCUGUAGACUCUGACGAGCGCCCCCGCCCUCGACCCCGCCCGCUGCCGCCAUGCCCUUCUCCAACAGCCACAACGCGCUGAAGAUGAACUUCCCCGCCGAGGACGAGUACCCUGACCUGAGCUGCCACAACAACCACAUGGCCAAGGUGCUGACCCCCGAGCUGUACGCCGAGCUGCGCGCCAAGAGCACGCCGAGCGGCUUCACGCUGGACGACAUCAUCCAGACCGGCGUGGACAACCCGGGCCACCCGUUCAUCAUGACCGUGGGCUGCGUGGCGGGUGACGAGGAGUCCUACGAUGUGUUCAAGGCGCUCUUCGACCCCAUCAUCGAGGACCGCCACGGCGGCUAUCAGCCCAGCGAUGAGCACAAGACCGACCUCAACCCCGACAACCUGCAGGGCGGCGACGACCUGGACCCCAACUACGUGCUGAGCUCGCGGGUGCGCACGGGCCGCAGCAUCCGCGGCUUCUGCCUGCCCCCGCACUGCAGUCGCGGGGAGCGCCGCGCCAUCGAGAAGCUGGCGGUGGAGGCCCUGUCCAGCCUGGACGGCGACCUGGCCGGCCGGUACUACGCGCUCAAGAGCAUGACCGAGGCGGAGCAGCAGCAGCUCAUCGACGACCAUUUCCUUUUUGACAAGCCCGUGUCGCCGCUGCUGCUGGCCUCCGGCAUGGCCCGUGACUGGCCCGACGCUCGCGGAAUCUGGCACAAUGACAAUAAGACCUUCCUGGUGUGGGUCAAUGAGGAGGACCACCUUCGAGUCAUUUCCACGCAGAAAGGGGGCAACAUGAAGGAGGUGUUUACCCGAUUCUGCACCGGCCUCACCCAGAUCGAAACCCUCUUUAAGUCCAAGAACUAUGAGUUCAUGUGGAGCCCACACCUGGGCUACAUCCUCACCUGCCCAUCCAACCUGGGCACCGGGCUGAGGGCAGGCGUGCACAUCAAGCUGCCUCACCUGGGCAAGCACGAGAAGUUUCCUGAGGUGCUCAAGAGGCUGCGGCUGCAAAAGCGAGGCACAGGUGGUGUGGACACAGCUGCCGUGGGUGGGGUCUUCGAUGUCUCCAACGCAGACCGCCUGGGCUUCUCGGAGGUGGAGCUGGUGCAGAUGGUGGUGGAUGGGGUGAAGCUGCUCAUCGAGAUGGAGCAGCGGCUGGAGCAGGGCCAGGCCAUUGAUGACCUCAUGCCUGCCCAGAAGUGAAGCCCGGCCUGAGCCGCCACCAGCCUGCCGCUUCCUAACUUAUUGCCUGGGCAGUGCCCGCCAUGUGCCCCUGAUGUCCGCCGCCUGGCAGCUGAGCCCUUAGCCUCGCUGUAGAGACUUCUGUCGCCCUGGGUAGAGUUUAUUUUUUGAUGGCUGAGCUGUUGCUGGUGCUGAAAUAAACUAGGGUUUUGGCCU